GGUGUUUUGGGGUGCCCCCAGGCUGCCACAUGUUCUCGGACGCGGGGAACCACGCCUCGAUGGUGCAGGGGAUCCUGCGCAGCGGCGCCCCCAAACAAAUCUUCCGCCACAACGACCCCCAGCACCUGGACGAGCUCUUGGGGCGCUGCCCCCCCGGGGUCCCCAAAAUCGUCGCCUUCGAGUCCGUUCACUCCAUGGAUGGCUCCAUCGCGCCGCUGGCCGAGCUCUGUGACGUCGCCCACGCGCACGGCGCCCUCACCUUCGUGGACGAGGUUCACGCCGUGGGGCUCUACGGGCCGCGGGGCGGCGGCAUCGCCGAGCGGGACGGGCUCUGCGGCAAGGUGGACGUGGUGUCGGGGACCCUGGGAAAGGCCCUGGGCGCCGUGGGCGGGUACAUCGCGGGCAGCGCCGCCCUGGUGGACGCCGUGCGCUGCACGCGCUGUCCGAGUGUUGGGGGGUCGGUGGUCACUCUGGGGCUGUCAGUGGUCACUGUGGGGGACGCGCUGUCCGAGUGUUGGGGGGCCCUGGGGCUCCCCCGGGACUCGCCGCUCGGCCCCGCCUGCGCCUCGUGCCGCCGCCCGCUGGUGGUCACUGUGGGGGGUCAGUGGUCAGUCAGUGGUCACUCUGGUCACGCGGGGCUGUCGCUGUCCCCCCCAGACGCGCUGUCCGAGUGUUGGGGGGCCCUGGGGCUCCCCCGGGACUCGCCGCUCGGCCCCGCCUGCGCCUCGUGCCGCCGCCCGCUGCACCUCUCGCUGAUGAGCGCCUGGGAGCGGCAGCACUUCCAGCAGCCCGGGGGGGUCCCGGCCACCGCCUGAGCCCCAAAACCACCGCGGGGACACCCCAGAAACCGCCCCGGCACCGCCCGUACCCCAAAAAC